UCACACCAGCCCGGCACCACCCAAAGAUGGCAAAAGGAUGGCCAUGCAGUUGCCAGGCACGGCCGUCCUCCCUCCUAUAAAUGUCCAGCUCCAGCAUUCGCCAUGGUUAGGCCAAGCCUACCUAGGCGACUUCCCUUUGACCUUUCUUGGCUUCUUCCUCCCAGCUGCAUGCGGCAUGCCUUUCCGAAUGAACUAGCUUCAUCAUCAACCCAUCACCUCCUCCGAUCCAUCGCGGUUCACAGAUUUGUGCUGCUACUAGAUAUCUCCCUCCCAUACUGUGUAACCAACGCUAGCGUGCAUAUAUACCUGUGAAUUACCAGGGUAUAUACAUGCUCGUAGAGAUGAUGGUGUUUGAGGAGGAUGCAGCCUGCAUGGGGAUCCCAGAUGGCUUCUGCAUUGAGGACAUUUCAAGUCCCAUAGCUGCUCAUAUUCUUGACUUCUGUGAUGACGGCCUUGGUGAUGACCUCUUUGCUGCAGUGGCUACUACCUCUGAGCCAUUUCCAGCCUCCUCGGAUGAUGUUUCAUCGUCGACCACUACCACUCCUCCUGUCUGCAGCUACAGUGAUGAAACUCCGGCUGUUGUACCCACAGCCUACUCCCCUUUGCCCUCCUUUGACUCCACUCUCACAGCCCUCCUUGAGCAAGAGCAACACCAUGAUCUUGACACCGAGCUCCUUCCCCCGAUCGACGGGCUUUCAGAAGUAGCAUACUAUCCACAUGCCACCAAUGAGGCCAGCAUAGAGCAAUUCAAUCAAAUGGAACUUCCAGGGACCAUUGCAGAACAAGUACCCCCAAUGCAAAUGAGCAAUAGUGCACCUGCCUUGAUGCCAAUCACUUCAGACUAUGAUGAGUGCUUCACAGCCGCACUAGCUGGAGGGUUCAUGGGUUUGGAUGGAGCCAUGUUUCAGCAAGCAGGUGCAAUUCUUCCAAGCUGCAAUGCAGAGGCACCACAAAGAGGAUUUUUCAACAGUGCAAGUGAUAGUAGCAACAGUAUGGUGAUGCUUGGUGAAUUUCAGAAGAUGAUGGAAGGUGAAGGACUGACCAGAACAUAUAACGACACAGAUUCCAUGCAAGGGGCAUUUAAUAAUGCAGAGAUGCAGGUAGGAGGAAAUGAUCAGCACCUGACAAAUGGAUGCAAUGGGAACCCAGCAACAUUACCUCCAACAGAGCUAUCAGGCUUGGAAGACUCCACAUUUAAGGUUGUCCGCUUGUCACCUGAAGAGCGAAAGGAAAAGAUUCAUAGGUACAUAAAGAAACGGAACGAGAGAAAUUUCAGCAAAAAAAUAAAGUAUGCAUGUAGAAAAACCUUGGCAGAUAGCAGGCCCCGUGUCCGAGGAAGGUUUGCAAAGAAUGACGAACUCUGUGAAGCAGCACAAUCAAGCUCCCAGAUUCAUGAAUAUUAUGAACAAACUGUAAGUUUUCAAGCAUGCUAUAGUGUCUUAUUAGAAAUUACUGUCCAGAUAACUCAUUUGUUUCAAUUUCAACAUUCCAUUUAUCCAUAUAUUUUAGGAAUGGUAACUUUUGCACAUUUCAAUGAAAUACAUUACUCAUUUGUUUCAACUUUCCAUUUAUCCAUUAUGUCAUAUAUUCACCGGUUAGGAUACGUAUUGGGGACAUCCACGUGGACUAGUGAUAAGUGAAGAAGAUCAUAGUGGAUGUCGACACGAGUUCAUGAGUUAAUCCCUGGUCUAAUUAAAAUUGAAGAUACAUGAUUCCUCCUGUGCAUUUUCAUUGUUUUCAAAUGAAAACCUGGUAUAAUUCUACAAGUAGUUAACAAGAAUUCUUAUCUUUUUCAGGACCGUAUGAAAGAAGAAGACAUGAUGGACACAUCUGAUAUUCUUGCACAUCUAAGUGGGUUAAAUCCCUACAAUUACAAGUACAAAUGCACCAUCGAGUCCUGGAUAUAAUUCUCAAGUUUCAACCAUGCAAACUAAGAACCCAGUGUUUUGUUUCAAGUUGUUCAAUCACUGAGCACAGUUUUUCCUUCUCGAUUAAAAUAAGCUUACAGCACUAGAAGAUCACUUGCAGGACAAGUACUUAGUUCAAGUCAAUUAAUGUAGAAUUGAUGUAUGUGUCAAUCUGCUGUCACUUGAUUGCCAUUCUCAUAAGUGAAUGUGGUAGUUAGUCUCCAGAACAGUGAUUUGUGUAUAUAACUAUGCCCCUUAUAGAAAUAAAGAGUUCAAUGGCUCUCUUGGA